AUGCAUUUGGCCAUGAAAAAUAUAUUUUUCAGUACUAUACCAGCAUCUUUGAGGUCCAUCAAGAAUAGCAUUGGUCAAAUUCAACCCAACCGAAUAGCUCUUGGAACUCUUGGAAUGCAUACUGGCUUGUUUAUAGUGGCAUUUGCCAAGCAAAUCCAGACAUCAGACCCAUCAGUAGAAUCCAGUAUGCCCAUGUUUAUUACUAUCGGACUUUUACUAGAUCAUAUCUGCCAUUAUUUGGAGCAGCUAGCACAGAAAAGCCUGUUGCAGCAAAUAUUACAAAUGGACAGUACAGCCAAUGCGCUUUUGCUAUUUGACAUUAGACUGAUUGAGCUGAUCGAGGACAUGAAUUUGACCAUCUCUUAUGAAGAACACUCCAUGGCUUUAGCAUUGAAGCAAGAUAGCAAGGAUUUUUCUCGCCUAGUCCUUAGCCUGGGCUCAAGUACACAAAUAUCGACAAACUUUUUGGAAACUCUACACGAUAUUGAGAUAUUUACAGAAUCCCGCAUGUCUGAGCUCCCUGCCACUGAAAAGGCAAAGAUGGAAAAGAUACUUUCCAAUGUAUCCAAACUUCUUGCUAAAAAGAUACACAGACUAGUUUCUUCGACAAAAACAUGGUCGAUCCAAAGUAGCGGUGUGCAUAUUUUGACAAACGAUCAUCUAAAAACAACUCAACUUGGAGACUUGUAUCAUGGAGUUUGGAAUGGUGCUCGUGUUGUGGUCGAAGUCAUAACUGGAGUAGUGAAUAGCCAUAUUGCAAAAUUGAUAGAAAUCGAUGCUGACAUGUGGUUUCCGCUUGAGCAUCCUCAUAUUUCUAAACUUAUGGGUGUAUGCUUGAAUGUCGAGCAUCCAUUUAUUGUCACUCGUCCUAUUAUGUGCACACUAUCCCAUCAUCUCAAGCAUUCUUUGCCUCUAGACGCACUGGCUUGCAAUAAUAUCGUUGUGUCUGUUGCCAUGGGAUUGUAUUAUUUGCAUACACUUUCCGAGCCAGUUAUUCAUGGGAAUCUAGAUACAGAAAACAUAUAUUUAGAUCAUGAUGGGAUUGUGUGCAUAUCUGGAUUUGGAAUGCUUCAGACUAUUAAAGAGUUGUAUAAAGAAAACAGUGAUUGUCGUGAUUUAAAUCGGGUAUCUCCUAAAUAUCUUACCAAGGACUAUCAGCCCAGUCUUCCUAUGGAUAUAUACGCGUUUGCAAGCGUAUGUAUGGAGGUUUAUUCUAGCCAAUCAUGUUCACCUAAUUCCUCAAAUCAUUCGAUCAAGCAUUUACCUUCUGGUGAACCAUUGCUUCCGGUACAGUCGAAGCAUGUUCCAGAUUUGUUAUGGGAAACGUUGAAGGCGUGUUGGAACCUGGAACCUUCUAAACGACCCAGUAUUAAAACAAUAAUGCUGAUUACUCGACAACUGCCAAACUCUUUGAACAACAUUUCACCAUUAGCUACCAGCUCAUUUCCAUCACCUGCUAUGCAUUUUGAUUGUAUCAAUCCACGCGAUCCGCUCAUGUCUAGUAUUUUAAAACUGAAUCUUUGUACAUAG